GUCUACUGUAGUGGGGAGUAAGAGAAAGAGAUAGAGGCAAGUGUGUUUUGGGGUAUUUUCCAGGCUGUCGCACCCGAGAUGUUUCAGAAAUGGAAGUUUGAUUUAGUGUAUGGUAUAUCAAGCCUUGAUGCAGACAUUCAAGUUAGCUGAUGGCAUGCAUUACAUUAUGCUUUACGGAUGUUUUAUGGGAAUUCUCAUGUCUACGCACCAAUCAUUGGAACCUUGUCAGUGAAUAUGUUUUGUGGAUUCUCUGUGGUAUGUGGAGUAUAUUAUGUAUCACCUGCAAGCUUAUGGACUAUUUUGAUUUGCACUGUAGUGGAACACUACCUGUACUGAACUUGAGAACCUUUUUUGCAAAGGAGAUUCUGUUUGGUUUCUAAAUGGGACAUUGUAUUGUAGUAGGGUAAAUAUCAUGUGAAGCUUCCUUGAAUAAUUUUAAUCAAUUGCUGCACUCGGCAUAGUGCAUGCAAUACAUCUAUGGGAUACAACACAUUCAAGAUCAGCAUCUCUUAAGCCGAGUGAGACAUUGUGGAGGCAUGCUGUGGACACCACAAAGCAAAAUUCUGUGAUACCACAACAUUAUUUGACCCUUUAAGGGAACGUUGGACAUCUUCUAGCGGUAUUUCUCUUUAAAAAAUCGAAGAAAUCACCCUGCUCCAAGAUUGUUAAUUUGUCUGCAAUCUCUGUUGCAUCAUCAGUGAUCGACAAACGUGUGGGGAAGGAAGAAGAGAGAUACAAAGCAUUGAUGGUCUUACAUGUAUAGCAGUAAAUUCAGUCUUUGUAAUAUUUGAAGGAAUCUUUGAGCACAAACCAAUAAUGGCAAGUGGAGAUCUAGGAAUCCCAUCAUCUUCUUCCCUUAACGCAGAAGGUUUGGAAAUACGCAUAGCACCUCCAAAACAAGAUAAACAUGCCCUCAUCAAUCCAAAGGAAAGAGCACCAUUGAAAGAAAAUGUAAUUGUCCAACAGGAGUUGAUAUGUGGUUAUGAUGGCCUGCGAUUCAUCAUCGUGACAUCUCUGGUGUUUGCUUUGGCCGUGACUAUUGGCAUGGUCAUAUCUAUCAUUGCUGGAAUUAGACAGAUAGACCCGCAUGGUGCGAUAGCUACUGAUGUUGAAGUGUGUUCGGACAUCGGAGCAGACGUGCUGAAGCGUGGAGGGCAUGCAGUCGAUGCAGCGGUUGCAGCAGCGUUUUGUCUUGGAGUAGUACAUGGUCAUUACUCAGGAUUAGGAGGUGGUGGUUUUCUGCUGGUAGGUAACCCUAUUACCAAUGACCUGAAUGGGUUUGAUUUCAGGGAGACAGCACCAGCUGGUAGCAGUGCUAACAUGUUUGAAAACAAUCCACAAGCAGCUCUACAGGGAGGCUUAGCUGUUGCAACACCUGGUGAGCUGAAAGGAUUAGAAGCAGCGUGGAAACAAUAUGGAAAGUUGAAAUGGUCAGAGUUGGUAGAACCAUCAAUCGAACUGGCUGAAAAUGGAUUUCAAAUCACUCAACAGCUUGCUGCUGACAUCAGCGAGACAGAUUUCUCUUGGAUGUCGGAGUCAUUACGUGAGCUCUUUGAAAAGAAGAAAUUCAAUGAUACCAUCCACAGACCAUCUCUUGCCAAUCUCUUGAGGUUAAUCGCUAAACAGGGAUCAGAUGUACUCUACAACAACGAUACCAUUGCACAACAGAUCAUAGAUACGGUUGGAGGUGCGGGAGGCAUCCUGAGUCUUGAAGACAUACACAAGUACACCAGCCAGCCAGCCACGCCCAUCCAGUCUUCCUACAAACUCCAUCAUAUCUUCAGCAUGCCAGCCCCCAGCUCAGGGGCAUCCAUCCUCUCUUCCCUACAUACCAUGUCUGCUCUCAACCUAUCCAUCUCGAGCGACACGCCCGCAUCGAGCUACCAUCAAGUCAUUGAAAUAUCCAAAUUCAUCGCCGCCAUGGCACGCCAACUCGGUGACCCUCGGCAGACACCCACGACGGCAAAUUUGACAGAUUCUAUGCUGAGCGACAAUACCACAGAGCGAGUCCGAGAUAUGGUGAACGAUACAGCAACGUACGAUUAUACAUAUUACUUUCAAGGGGACGUCUUCCAGCAGCUAUAUGCAACUCGAGCCACAUCUUUGGUGUCUGUUGCUGAUGGGAAUAACAACCUUGUGUCACUUACAAGUACUCUCAACUCUCCGUUUGGUUCUGGUUUGAUGACACCUGAUGGGAUUAUUCUAAACAAUGCAAUGAACAGCUUCAAUUGGGAUGGGAAAUACUUGACACCAAAUACAGUCGUUCCUCAGGCUAACGCAAUAUCACCAGGUCGACGACCAAUGUCCAACAUGGCUCCAUUGCUCACAUGGAGUGAAGAGAGUCCUUGCCUCGCUCGGUAUGCCAUCACCGGAAUAGGACCAACAUCCAUUCAGUCAGCACCAAUAGAUGUAGCUCUAAAGCUCUUAUCAUUAAAUGUGUCUCUCUCGAACGAUGUCGAACGCGACAACAGGAUAUUUCCCUCGCUUUACCAAAACCUAGUGAAUGUUGAAGAUGGUCUAAGUCCUUCGAUACAGGAAGGUUUAGAAGAGCUAGGACAUGUAGUGCAAUCAAAAAGAUAUCGUCUAGGUGUUGUCAAUGUUGCUUCUGAAGCCAAAGAUAAACUCACAGCUCACUCUGAUACCAGAAGAUUAGGUGCCAAAGCAUCAGAUUUUUAGGUUAGCUUAGUUAAUAAUAAUAUUUUUUAUUCAUCCAUACAUGUAAAGUUACACAGGUUUUGUCUUCUUUUGCUACUCAAUGUGGCAAAAAUUGUUGAUUUUUUAUUCAUUGUCAUAAUUUUAAAAUUCAAAAUGAAUAGUAAUAUGUGGAAUUAAAAAAUGUAAACUGAAUCACAUUUUGAAUGUGUGUAAUGAUACUAAUGAUUAGCUUAUUAAAGUUAAAUGUGUUUUUUUAGACAAGGGUUACUCCAAUUGAAAAGGGUUUUGUUGUGUUUUCUUUUUGUUUGUUUUUGUUUUUGUUUUUGUUUUAAUCAUAUUCCUUGUGUGAUUGCCAACAUUAAUAAAACUUAGACAUAAGGGAGCAUCCUGCUAAAGUUUCAGGUCACAUGACCAAGGUCAAAGGUCAUUUAGGGUCAAUAAACUUUGACCAUGUUGGGGGUAUUUAUUGAAUUGCCAUCAUAACUUUGAAAGUUUAUGGAUUUAGUUCAUUAAACUUGGACAAGUCUUAGGUCACAUGAUCGAUGUCAAAGAUCAUUUAUGGUCAAUGAACAUGUUAUCAUAUGAAUGGUGUUUUUCUUAAUAGUUAUUCUUCAGGACUAGUUGAUUUCAAAGUCAGCACUGCUGCUAUAUUGAAUUGCCUUAUGCAGGCAAGACUGCCAAAGGCAUUCCACUUGUCUAAAAAUAAAUGGUAGGGAUACAUAAAUUUGAAGAACAAACAUAAACACACACACAAAAUGGAAUUAUGGAAGUAUUCAUUGUACUAAGUGUAAUGAAGUCAUGAAAUUUGCAAUUUACAUGAAAUUAUUGAGUUAAAAUUUUAAAAAAAGUUAAUACGUAUAUGAAAAAUUUGAUUGGGCUAUUAUAUUUGUUGUGUGCAGUUAACGCAAUUUUUUUUGAAAACUUACACACAAGCCAAAAUCGUAUUUUUUAAUAGAAAAACUGAAUUGUUAAUAAUAUGGUAAUAAUUUAAUAUUCAUACUUUUCUAUUAAUUUGAUAGAAAUUAUGGGUAGAGAAUUGGAUCCAGUCACUGAGAUAUUCAAGAAUGUGUAGCAGUACAUAUAGUGCAAUCUGUGGAAACCAUUCAGUUAUGCACUUUUCUGCAAAAUUAGUAAUAUUACACUUAUUCUCAAUUUCUAUGGUAAUUAGUCCUGCUUGAGUGAACACAAUAAAUCACUUCAGUUAUCAGGCAGUUGCCACUGUUAGUCUCUUACAACAGGAGUUUUUACAACAUGAAAGACUAUUUAAUUACAACUGUUAACUGCCUUUAUUCGAAUCAAUCUGAAACUAUCAAGAAUCAGAAAAUUUGCUUUAUAAACAUUACAAGUACGCCCUUUUUUUUCUUGAAAAUAUGAUUAUCUUCUUUAAUCAAAUAUGAUUUUCCCACUAGAAUCUUUUUAGAAUUAUCCUUUGUGAAACCAAAGAGCCAUCAGGCUAUGAGUAGUUUCAGAGGGCUGAUUAUUUGAUACAACCCAGAAAUUUAUGACUGAGUGAAACAAGCAAGCUGAAACAAUUAUAUUUCUUUAAUAGGUAAUGAUUUUUUUAAUGAAAUAUAUAGUGAAAUCACCCUUUCAGACAUUCAAGGUAAAUUCAACGAGAAAAAUGAAUGACUGCAAUUACUUAUUGCCUUUUUUUUAAUUUGGGGGCAGCUCGAGGGAGUUGUUUCUUCAAACAAUCUUUGUGGAAUUCUUGACCCCUUCAGUAUACCAAUGUAGAUGAUUUAACAAUUUACAUGUAUUAUGAUGCAAUAACGGUGAAAUAGCAGUGAAAAUGCAGCAAGUGUACACAUAAUGAAAUACCUCAUGUGCUAUCAUUUUAUCCAGGUAUUAUGUUUUGAAAACUAGAGGUCUUUAUUGUAUUCAAUUAGUAAUUUUCUCUUUGCCAUAACUCUGAGGUAUUUGAAACAUCCGAAUGAUGCAUAAUAUGGGGUAAAAGAUAUCUCCCAGUAUGCGUCACUAAAAAUACUGCACAAAUUCAUGUUUUUACUGCAUUGAAUAUACUUACUGAAAUCUUAAUAUUUUUAUUUUACAGAAACUGUCACAUUUAUUAUUCAUGUGCAAUUUGUUUAGGAUUAUUGAAGAUAUUGGGUAGCGAUCAUUUUUAUGUGAAUAAAGAUAAAUUAAGAUUGCACUUAUAUAAGAUACACAAUAUUUUAUUUUGUCUUCGCAACAUGACAAUUACAAAGAAAGUUGUUCUAUUUUCUUUGUAAUCCUAUGCAUAUAUAUUGCAGUUUAAAACCUGUGUGUGAUAGAAGGAAAGAUAGGCAUCUGUGGACCUAAAACACAAACUUGAUGGUAGGCCUGAUUAACAUUGAUUGUUUAAUCAAGUGUAAUAGAAACUAGUUUAACACAAUCGUAUUAGCGGUCUUCCAAAACAGUUUGGAAAACCACCUUGCGAUGUGGUUUUUCUAGACCGCUUUACCUCCUUAAACUAGUUCAAGCAUAGGUGAGGACACAACUGUUCUUCGGGAAGCGAUGUUCACACGUGUUGGGCGUGCUAUUCCACAAUUAAUUUCUUAUGGAUUUUAUUGUUUUUUGAAUUCUUAUGCAUUUCUUUGUUUUUUCAAACCUUUGUUUUUCUGAUGAUUUUUGUCAGGGACCCUUUUGCGAUCAUAAAUAGCAUAAAAUGAAUACAUUUAAACCAACAAAAGUAAAAAUAAUCAUACAUUUAUGAUUUUUGGUUGAAAAACACAAUGUGCAUUGACUUUGUACACGGAAUCACGUCUUUUGAGCAGAAAAUGCAAUAUUUCAAAUAUACCACUUAAGCAUAAUUUUACACUUAGUGAAACACCCCCCCCCCUUGUCUAAUCUUUGCCAAUCAAAUCACAACCAACAUCAGCAUCUAAUAACAUACAAUGCAACUUGUUAUUGAUGUCAAGUUUAGUGAAACCAUGAAGCUAUAGCUUCAUGGUGAAACAUUGCCUACAUGUACCAAAAUUGUUGCACUUUGAGAAUGGGGCAUUAUUUAUAGUGUGUACUUAAAACUAGGACAAUUAUAUAUCUAUAUGUCUCUCAUUAUUUUUCUGGAAAUUUAACUUAGUAGCUCUCAGUCUCAGAUAGAGUGAUUGCCAUGAUGGUGUUGUGUAUUGUUUUAUACCCCAAUAUAUUCUAUAUUGUCAUUGAAAACAACUUGCUACAUGUAUGUUAUGUUUCUGUGGGUUUUUUUUAUGUGUGAUUCAUAAAUUUGUAUUUCUCCCUUAUCACAAACUGAUCAUUGUAUUCUGUGAAAAUGCUUGGCUUGUCCUUUCAUAGGUUUUUAGUUUUAUAUUACUGCCUUGGAUAGUUUCAUUAACUAUACCAUACAUUAGAAUUAAUAAUUGUUUUUAUUUUAUAUUGAUGUUUUUUAUGUACAUAUCAACAAUAUGAAACAAUCAAGAAGUGAUGAUAUGUAUGUAUUUCAGUUGGAAAAUGAAAAUAUUUCAUGGAAAAGGUUAUUUAGAAAAUUUCAUUCAUUGAGAAAUCACUGUGUGAUAUUUGAAACAACAAGUACUCUACCCCCCUUUAACAGUUUUGAGCAAACUUCUACUACUACUCCUAGUUCCUACUACUACUAUUGAUAAUAAAGUAAUAUCAAUAAUAAUGAAAAUCUAUAUUUUAUUGUUCGAAAUAGAAAUCUUCCAAAAAGUAAUUUUGGCCAGUUGAUCGUGGGCCUGGCAGCCACUGAGCCAUUAAUGCUACAUUAAGUUGUUCUUUCCCCUAAUGUAAAAUCGUUGAACGCCAAACCGGGAAGCAGCAACUCCCAUCUUUAAAUAUCUUUCGGUCUGACGAAGCCAGGGCUUGACUGCCCGACCUCCCGGCUCUGAGAAGGAUACUCUACCAACUGAGCCCAACUUA